CGCCGCCGCGCCCCGCGCCCGCCCCGCGCCCGGGGCCGGCGGCCGCGGCGAAUGGGGAACACUACCUCGUGCUGCGUGUCGUCCAGCCCCAAGCUCCGCAGGAAUGCCCACUCCCGGCUGGAGUCCUACCGGCCCGACACGGACCUGAGCCGCGAGGACACGGGCUGCAACCUGCAGCACAUCAGCGACCGGGAGAACAUCGACGAUUUGAACAUGGAAUUCAAUCCUUCAGACCAUCCUCGGGCCAGCACAAUAUUCCUCAGUAAAUCUCAGACGGACGUGAGAGAAAAACGCAAGAGUCUCUUCAUUAACCAUCAUCCUCCAGGACAAAUAGCAAGGAAAUACAGCUCCUGCUCCACUAUUUUCCUAGAUGAUAGCACAGUCAGUCAACCAAACCUCAAGUAUACAAUUAAAUGUGUAGCUCUCGCAAUAUAUUACCACAUCAAAAACAGGGACCCAGACGGAAGGAUGCUCUUAGAUAUUUUUGAUGAAAACCUUCACCCUCUUUCGAAAUCCGAAGUGCCACCAGAUUACGACAAACACAACCCCGAGCAGAAGCAGAUUUACCGGUUUGUUCGGACGCUGUUCAGUGCUGCUCAGCUGACGGCUGAAUGUGCCAUUGUCACCCUGGUGUACCUUGAAAGACUUUUAACGUAUGCAGAGAUAGAUAUCUGUCCGGCCAACUGGAAGCGAAUCGUGCUAGGGGCGAUCCUGCUGGCCUCCAAGGUGUGGGACGACCAGGCCGUGUGGAAUGUGGAUUACUGCCAGAUCCUGAAGGACAUCACGGUGGAGGACAUGAAUGAGCUAGAGCGACAGUUUCUUGAAUUGCUCCAGUUCAACAUCAAUGUUCCUUCCAGUGUUUAUGCCAAGUAUUAUUUUGACCUCCGUUCUCUGGCGGAAGCAAACAACCUGAGCUUCCCCUUGGAGCCCCUGAGCAGGGAGAGGGCUCACAAGCUUGAGGCCAUCUCUCGCCUCUGCGAGGACAAGUACAAGGACCUGAGAAGACCCACGAGGAAGCGGUCAGCAAGUGCUGACAAUCUGACUCUGCCGAGGUGGUCCCCCGCCAUCAUCUCCUAACCGUGGGCGUCCCCCCAGGAGGCUGCACCACCCCUCAGUUUCUCCUUUAGUUUGAGAAAAGACAGACUUGGGGUGGUUUUGUUUUUGUUUUCCCUUUCCUUUUCUUUUUAAGUUCAUAGCUCCUGUCUGGCCGCCUUGGUGCCCGCCUCCGCGCUGUGGCCCACCCGGAGCAAGGCUUCCAGGGAGCACGUCAGCGUUCUGGAGCCCUGUGCCCCACCUUCCCCUCGUUGUGAGCAGCACUUCCUUCCUGGAGGAAGAAGACUCUAAUCCCGGAGGAGGAAGCGAGGGGAGAGUGAAGCCAUGUGGAGGCAGGAAAGUGGUGACGUGGCCUGGCCAUUUCCUGGGUCCCUCGCCUGGUCGGUGGAGGAUGCCACGGAGACACAGCCGUAGUAACACAGUUGGAUGUGCGUUAGAGACGGGAGUGCCACCCUUGUCCCCUCCGCUGGGAUCAGUGUGUUCUCUCAGACUUCUUGCAUUCCUUCUUGCUGCUUUUUUGGGAUUUGGGGGAUUUUUGUUUGUUUUUAUUCUGUUUUGGUUUUGGUCCCACAGAGCAGAGAAUAUAGUUUGUACCCACCAUGGCGCAGACAUCCAAAUAAACAGUGCUGGUCGUUCUCUCCGCACUCCUCCCGUGAGCUGUCUUCUGAGCUUUCUUCCUCACAGUGGGAUGCGCUUCUUACGUUUCUGUACACCCUUAUUUUAUAUGGUUUUUCCUCAGCAAUGGCAAAAUUGACUUGACUGUAGUGCUGAACCAAAAGUGUCCAUUUCCCUCCUAUUCCUCACCCCAAGAAAAUUCUAGAUCACGUGGGUGCUUGUGCCUUCCGAUCUUCUUGCAGUUGUUUUUUUUGCUCUGACCUGAAGUCACAGUUACAAGGCAGUCAGACUUGGUGGCUGAAGGAGCAGUGAGCCGCGAAGGGUGUCCUCUGGCUGGUCUCUCUAGAGCGCUGGGGUCUGCCCUCAGAUGUCGAGGAGGAGCCGUUUCUUUGUACUCCCUGCUCCGUUCCCUCCUCCACUUCCACGUCCAUUGUUGCAAGCAAUAUUCUUCUCAAUUUUAUAUGUUUACUUUAAAUCAAAGUUAGUCUAUUUGUAUAAAAUUUUUUAAAAAUUUAAAAUAUAAAAAAUGGGGGAGGGAUUCCAGUGGGAAGAUCAUUGAUGGGCAAAAUGUUACUAUUUACUGAGGUAUUUUUCACAGAAUGAUUGAAUAAAAAACUCAACUUCGUUUUCACUGUGGGUGCUUAGAGAAGUAACAUAAAUUCAAACUGAAGGUGUAUGCUUCAUUAAUUGUGGCCACACUUUUUUGUUUUCUGACUAUCCCCAAUUUCCUUACAGGCUAAUGAAAAUCUUUCAUAUCGAGUAACAUAGAAGUAAGGUUAAUGAUAGGAUCUGAGUCAAGGAAGCAUAUAAUGUUUUGGGUUUUUGCGUGUUUUCUUGGGUCACAAUGACAGAGGUUUCUAAGUUUUUUCCUCUUUCAAGACUCUCUGAGGCGAAUGGCAACAGAUAGUGUGUGUCUCACCCUCCUCCGGUGUGAGCCUGGAAAACUCGGGAAUCGUAUUCCUAGGCCUGAGUGUCCUGAGGUCCUCUCCUGACCCCCAGCGUGGCUGCGCGGUGACACCUGCGGCAGGGACUCAAGCGGUGAAACCCAGGACCCCCGGGCUGAAAUGCCAGUGAGGCUUCACAUGUGAACAUAGCUGUUUGGGCCAGAAAUGUUGUCAAGUUCUUUCUGGCCUAAACUUUCAAAAGCAAACCAACAGAACAUGAAAAGUUAAUUAUCUUUCCAUUGUAAUUGUGUUGAUAUACUCUGUAUGGGUACCAAAAUCAGUUUUUCUCUUCAAGUAAGAGUUGGAUUUAGAACUUUAAAUAGAGAUCUAAAAAUGUAGAAAAUAUCAUUUUAUAUUCCCUAAUCUAUAUAGCUCACAAAGGGACAUAUUUUCUUAGCUAUGAAUACCUCUCAAGCUUAAAUUAGUUCCUCUCAUGUAAAGUAUCUUAUUUUACUGAUCCAUUUCAGGAAAGAGGUUCUGCCUUUAAAGCAGAAAUCUUAUUUUUAUCCCUUUUAUUUGAAUGAGAAAGAUUUGAAAAUUGAAUUCUGUAAAUGUUUCAAUGCAUCUGCUAUUAUUUUGUGGAGUUUAUUAAACUACUUUAAAAAAUU